CUCAUUCAUUCAUUACUCCCAACUUCAUACUUAAAAGCACUGAGAAUUUCAAGUGGAGUAUAUUGAAGUUGACUGCGUUUCUUUGCAUCAUUUCUGUAUUCAAUUUUUUAAAUUCUUUCAUAUCCCUAUUGAGUGUUUUUUAACUAAAUUAACAUGGCUCGAAUGAACCGCCCAGCUCCUGUGGAAGUUACGUACAGGAACAUGAGAUUUCUUAUUACACACAACCCAACUAAUGCAACGUUAAGCAAAUUUAUAGAGGAACUUAAGAAGUAUGGAGUUACCACAAUCGUAAGAGUAUGUGAAGCAACUUAUGACACUACUCUUGUGGAGAAAGAAGGCAUCCAUGUUCUCGAUUGGCCUUUUGAUGAUGGCACACCACCAUCUAACCAAAUUGUUGAUGAUUGGUUAAGUCUUGUGAAGAUUAAGUUUUGUGAAGACCCUGGUUGUUGUAUUGCUGUUCAUUGUGUUGUAGGCCUUGGCAGAGCUCCAGUGCUUGUUGCCCUAGCAUUAAUUGAAGGUGGAAUGAAAUAUGAAGAUGCAGUACAGUUCAUAAGACAAAAGCGACAAGGAGCUUUUAACAGCAAGCAACUUUUGUACUUGGAGAAGUAUCGUCCUAAAAUGCGGCUGCGCUUCAAAGACUCCAAUGGGCAUAGAAAUAACUGUUGCAUUCAGUAAAACCAGGGUGCAUGAUGCCAUUGCUUGGAAGUGGAACCUGAGACAUGAUGGAAUUUGUCGUACAUAGCAGAUAGCCCAGUUGACUUGGUGAAUAAGUCUGAUGAAGCUUCCAUAGGAGUGUUGAAAAGCAGUUUUACCAGGCCACAGGCCUGGCAGAAUUGCAGUCUCUGUUCAGGUUAUGAUCAACCUAUUUGAA